AUGCCAACCUCACAUCCGACUUCGCACCUCGCCCCCGUUGCGAACCCAAACGCAACAUCAUCACCCUCACCCUCCUCGCCCCUCUCCUCAACUUCGUCCCGAUCACAACAACAAACUUCCAUCUCCCGGAUACGCAGCAUCGCAAACCACAUGGCGGCCCCUUCUUCCACCCGAUUCUCCGCCGAGGCCGUCCCUCAGGCUCCUGAGGACCCUCUCUAUGGUCUAAAACGCGCUUUCCUUGCUGACCCUUCCCCCAACAAGGUCGACCUGGGAAUUGGUGCUUAUCGCGACGACAAUGCAAAGCCCUGGGUGCUCCCCGUUGUUAAGAAGGCCGACGAUAUCCUCCGUAACGAUCCCAAUCUCGACCACGAAUAUGCUCCCAUCGCCGGUAUUCCAACUCUCACCAGCAAGGCCAUCGAACUUCUGCUCGGUGCCGACUCCCCCGCCCUGAAAGAGAAGCGCACCACCUCCAUGCAGACCAUCUCUGGUACCGGUGCCUGCCAUGUCGGCGCCCUCUUCUGCGCCAGGUUCUUCCGCGGCAACAAGACCGUUUACGUCUCCGAUCCCACCUGGGCCAACCAUAACCAGAUCUUCUCCAACGUCGAUCUUCCUGUGGUCAAGUAUCCUUAUUUUUCCAAGGACACCAAGGGUCUCAACUUUGCCGGUAUGAAGGCCGCCAUCGCCGACGCCCCCGAAGAGUCCAUCAUCCUCCUCCACGCCUGCGCACACAACCCUACCGGCGUCGACCCCACGGUCGAGCAGUGGGCCGAACUCGCCGAUCUAGUCGCCCAGAAGCGCCACUUCCCCUUCUUCGACUGUGCUUACCAGGGCUUUGCCUCGGGUAACCUGGCGAAGGAUGCGGCCGCUAUCCGCCUCUUUGUCGAGCGCGGUAUCGAACUCAUCAUCGCCCAGAGUUUCGCCAAGAACUUCGGCCUCUACGGCGAGCGUGCCGGCUGCUUCCACGUGGUCACCGACACCCCCGAGACCGCCACCCGUGUCGCCUCUCAACUCGCCAUCCUGCAGCGCUCCGAGAUCUCCAGCCCGCCGCUCUACGGUGCCCGCAUCGCUUCCAUCGUCCUGAACGACCCGGCCUUGUUCGCCGAGUGGGAGGACAACCUCCGGGAGAUGUCAGGUCGCAUCAUCAGCAUGCGCACCGCCCUUCGCGCCAAGCUCGAGGAACUCGGCACCCCCGGCACCUGGAACCACAUCACCGACCAGAUCGGCAUGUUUAGCUUUACCGGUCUCAACGAAGCCCAAGUCCUCAAGCUGCGGGAGGAGGCCCACGUCUACAUGACCAAGAACGGCCGUAUCAGCAUGGCUGGUCUCAAUACGAAGAACAUCGACUACUUUGCCAAGGCUGUAGACAAGGUCGUCCGAGAGGUGCAGUAA